CGUCACGCCCCGUUGCAUAUUUUCUAUUUCCUCCUCUCCAACUCAAUUCUAUCAAAGCAAAACUUCCCAGCGCCUAAUUUUCUCUCCGAUGGCUUCUCAGGAACCGAACCGGGCUCCAAUGUACCCGCAAGUGAUCGACCCGGAUUUUGAAAAUCCGUUCUAUUCUUCGUCAUCUUCCUCCGAUCGGCGCUCAAUGUAUCCCGUCGUGGACAUGAAAGACCUGGAGAACAUUUUCCCGGAGAAUAAUGACAUUGCCCAAGGAAAUCAUCCACAUACCCCUUCUGCCCCGCCGGAGGCCAUUGAAGAAACCCUCUUGGUUGUGCCCGGCGCGAUCCUUCACUUGAUCGAUAAGCAGUAUUCCGUCGAGCUUGCCACCGGCGACUUGUCCCUGCUCCGUCUUCGGCAGGGGGACAACACCGUUGCGGUCUUCGCCAGGGUCGCGGACGAGAUCCAAUGGCCGUUAACCGAGGACCUUGCGUCUGUUAAGCUGGACGAAUCGCAUUACUUCUUCUCGUUUCAAGCUCCUAAGGAAGAAGGUGACUCCGAUUCUAGUGACGAUGAGAAAGGAAACACGAAGAAGAAGAAGGAGAAACACAAGAAAAAAGAAGAAAAGGGCGUGGGAAAUGAGGCAUUGAACUAUGGACUUACAAUUGCUUCCAAAUGCCAGGAGAAUUUGAUCAAAGAUCUGGAUAUGAUUUUGGACAGUGUCAGCAGCUUUUCUGUUCAGAGGGUGGAGGAAAAGGCAUCGGUCGUUUUGGGAGGUAGGGUUGCCCGGGAGGUGUCCCCGGCGGACUUGAAGUUUGAGAAUAAGAAGGAGGUGUUGGAAGAGCGGUGUGCAGCCUAUUGGACCACAUUGGCACCCAAUGUUGAGGAUUACAGUAGCUCGGCUGCAAAAUUGCUGGCUUCCGGGUCAGGGAAGCUGAUAAAAGGGAUUCUGUGGUGCGGGGAUGUCACAGUCGAUCGAUUGAAAUGGGGCGAUGAGGUUCUGAGAAAUAGGGUGACUUGUGGUUCCAAUGCCGAGGUUAGUCCUCAGACCAUGAAAAGGAUCAAGAGGGUAAAAAGGGUGACAAGUAUGACAGAGAAAGUUGCUACUGGGGUCCUUUCAGGAGUUGUGAAGGUUUCAGGGUUUGUUACCGGUUCCGUUGCAAACUCCUCAGUAGGAAAGAAGUUCUUUAGCCUCUUGCCUGGGGAAAUGGUACUCGCCACACUGGAUGGAUUCAGUAGAAUUUGCGAUGCUGUUGAAGUAGCAGGAAAAAAUGUGAUGUCUACAUCAUCAACAGUGACCACUGGACUAGUCUCUCACAGGUACGGGGACGAGGCAGCAAAGGCAACAAGUGAAGGACUUGAAGCUGCAGGGCACGCGAUGGGCACCGCGUGGACUGUUUUCAAAAUCCGAAAAGCAUUAAACCCUAAAAGCUCUCUGAAACCCACUUCUCUAGCUAAGGCUGCUGCUGCUGAGUUUAAAGCCUAGAAGAGUUCCAAGUAACUAUGAACACCCUUACGGUCCAUUUGGUACACGAAAUUGACGGAAUUGGAAUUGAAUUGGGAUUUUGAAAUUCUAUGGAAUUGAAUUCUACAUUUCCAAUUCAUUUUUGGCACUACCAAUUCAAAAUCCACAUAUUUUGUGCUACCAAACAUCAGAUUUAGAAUUGUUGUCCCCAAUUUCAGUUCUAUAGUUUGAAUUCUGUGUACCAAACGGAGUCUUAGACUAUUCCUAUGACUUGCUGAAUCUAUAAUGGUUCCGAACUUGUUAGCUCUUUUUUCGGGGUUUUAAGCCCUGUAUAGAUUGAAAGUAGAACUAUUGUAAAGGCCUGUUCAUAACCUGUUUAGAACAAAUUAUGUCAUCGUCG